AGCAUUAUUUCAUAAUUUUUUUUUCUCUUUAGUCUUUUACUCAUCUAUAAAUAUAGCUUCUUCUUCACAUACCAUCCCUUACCUUUUCCUGUCAAUUGACUCCUGCAAUCCAAGCUGAUUUCUACAAGUUCAACCAACUUUUGACAUGGAUUUCUUGGGAAUUUAUCUAAUAACCCUUCUAGCCAUUUCCAAAAGAAUUGAUGGGUAUGCAGGUGGUGGAUGGUCUAAUGCCCAUGCUACCUUCUAUGGAGGUGGUGAUGCUUCUGGUACAAUGGGAGGAGCUUGUGGUUAUGGCAACCUUUACAGCCAAGGCUAUGGAACAAACACAGCUGCAUUGAGCACUGCUCUAUUCAACAAUGGACUAACUUGUGGAGCAUGUUUUGAAAUCAGAUGUGUAAAUGAUGCCAGGUGGUGCUCAUCAGGCUCCAUAGUUGUCACAGCAACAAAUUUUUGCCCUCCAAACAAUGCUCUUCCAAGCAAUGCAGGUGGCUGGUGCAAUCCUCCUUUGCCGCACUUUGAUCUUUCUCAGCCUGUUUUUCAACACAUAGCUCACUACAAAGCAGGAAUAGUCCCUGUUCAAUACAGAAGGGCAGCUUGUCGGAAAAUUGGAGGAAUAAGAUUCACUGUAAAUGGUCAUUCAUACUUCAACCUUGUACUUAUAACCAACGUUGGUGGUGCUGGUGAUGUUGUGUCUGUCUCCAUCAAAGGAUCAAGAACUGGCUGGCAACCAAUGUCUCGCAAUUGGGGCCAAAAUUGGCAAAGCAACUCUUACCUUAAUGGGCAAGCACUCUCUUUUAAGGUCACAACAAGUGAUGGGCACUCCAUCUCCAACGAUGUUGCUCCCCCCAACUGGGCUUUUGGCCAGACCUUUACUGGCAGACAGUUUUAGCCAAAACUAACCGAAAUCACUUAGAAAAAUGGCCCCCUAAUGGUAAUUAGCACUGAUUAACUAUAAUUGAUCUGUAUUCUUUGUGAUGUAAUAGUAUUUGUAAUAUAAUGACAAUGGUGUCAUAGCAAAUGGGUCCUUUUAGCCAUGGCUCUGAAAUGCUUUUGUUUCAUGUUGUUUACACCCUAUGACAGGGUUGGUGUCUUGUUAUGAUCAAAGAUCAUGUUUCAGGUUUGGGAGAUAAUCCCAGGAUUUAUUAGUGGUUUUAUUUAUAGUAAGGAGGAAUAUUUGUAGUAAAUUUCCUUCUCAGAAUGCAGUGAUGAGAAGUGUUGAUGGUGUGUAGUUUUUAGUUCAUUGUAUUUUAGGGCUUUUAGCUGGGAAGUGUCACUUUGUAUUGUAAAUUCAAUCAUGGAGAUGAAAGAGUAAAUGGGAAUAUAACAUAUAUUCUCUGA